UGUUUGGACCGUCGAGCGGUGAUUAUCAAACGUAGGGAAGCCGGAGUGUACGUCAGCAUUAUCAUAGAUUGCCAGUGUGUUUGUGUGUAUGUGUGAAUUGUUUUGGCUACGGUUACGGUUACGGUAAGCCACUCACACCCCCGCAAACCGGUUCGCUGGUGGUGGUUCGAUCGUUAGCGCGCUUUGUGUGUUAAUAAAUUGAAAUAAAAUGCAAAUGCAAUAAAUAAUAAUACAACAAAAUUGUUAAAAGCAGAGCAGAGCAGAGCAAAAGCAGCAGCAUCUGCUGUCGGCUGUUGUUUGUUGUGUGCAAAGAGUGUAGCAUUUUUUUGUGCAGAGUCGCCACCCCAGUGGAUUAGUGGCACCCUGUUACAAUAAGCUCACACUUAAAAGUGUCUGUGUGUGUGCAUAAACAUUAACUAAAUCAACUGAUUAAAAUAUUCAAAUUCAAAUCGAAAACCAAACGCCGCUGAGUCACCGGGUCUACUCGUGUAACCUCACUAACGUCGCGUUCGUCGAGUGUCUCCUGUAAAGGGUGUCUUUGAGCCCAUUUUGCAUAAAAUCGAUACAGUCAGCGGCCACCCUCGAGCGGAGUGUAAAAUGGCCUACAUGAUGCCUAACGAACGCGUUAAAUGGCUAACACUGUGCGCAGCUGUUGUUGUGCUGGCCACUGUGAGCUCCACUUUAGCAGCCAAUCCAGCAGAUUCAGAUCAAAAAGGACCCGUCUUCCUGAAGGAACCCACCAAUCGCAUUGACUUCUCAAACUCAACUGGCGCCGAAAUUGAAUGCAAGUCGAGUGGAAAUCCCAUGCCUGAAAUUAUCUGGAUUCGUAGCGAUGGCACCGCCGUAGGAGAUGUACCCGGACUGCGUCAGAUCUCAUCGGAUGGCAAGCUGGUCUUUCCACCCUUCCGCGCUGAGGACUAUCGCCAGGAGGUUCAUGCCCAGGUCUACGCUUGUCUGGCCCGCAAUCAAUUUGGCUCAAUCAUAUCGAGAGAUGUGCAUGUGCGAGCGGUGGUCAAUCAAUUCUAUGAGGCUGAAAUUAUGACCGAGUAUGUUAUUAAGGGGAAUGCGGCAGUUUUAAAGUGUUCGAUUCCGUCGUUUGUGGCUGAUUUUGUGCGUGUCGAAUCCUGGAUUGAUGAGGAGGGAAAUGCAUUGACCUUCUCCGAUAAUUAUGAUGGCAAAUAUCUUGUACUGCCGUCCGGCGAAUUGCACAUUCGUGAAGUUGGACCUGAAGAUGGAUACAAGAGCUAUCAGUGUCGCACCAAGCAUCGUUUAACCGGAGAGACGCGUCUCAGUGCGACUAAAGGACGCUUAGUCAUCACAGAACCUGUUGCAAGUGUGCGUCCGAAAGUCAAUCCCCAGGACAAGCACCAGUUUAUCGAUGUGGAGCUAAAUAACAACUAUGCUUUACUCUGUUUGGCACAAUCCUAUCCAACGCCCGCUUUCAGAUGGUACAAAUUCAUUGAGGGAACCACCCGAAAACAGGCUGUUGUACUGAACGAUCGCGUGAAACAAGUAUCUGGCACACUGAUCAUUAAGGAUGCCGUUGUCGAUGAUUCUGGAAAGUAUUUGUGUGUUGUGAACAACUCGGUGGGAGGAGAAAGUGUUGAGACUGUGUUGACUGUGACGGCUCCACUCUCGGCGAAGAUCGAUCCUCCCACACAAACCAUUGACUUUGGACGUCCAGCUGUGUUCACCUGCCAGUAUACGGGUAAUCCAAUCAAGACAGUCAGCUGGAUGAAGGACGGCAAGGCAAUGGGACACAGUGAACCUGUGCUACGCAUCGAGUCCGUCAAGAAGGAGGACAAGGGAAUGUAUCAAUGUUUUGUCCGCAACGAUCAGGAGUCGGCAGAGGCAAGUGCUGAGCUCAAACUGGGCGGUCGCUUCGAUCCCCCCGUCAUCCGUCAGGCAUUCCAAGAGGAGACCAUGGAACCUGGACCAAGUGUAUUCCUUAAGUGUGUCGCUGGCGGAAAUCCCACACCCGAAAUCUCCUGGGAACUCGAUGGCAAAAAGAUUGCCAACAACGAUCGCUUCCAAGUUGGUCAAUAUGUUACAGUAAAUGGCGAUGUGGUUUCCUAUUUGAACAUUACCUCCGUUCAUGCCAACGAUGGUGGUCUGUACAAGUGUAUUGCCAAGAGCAAAGUGGGCGUGGCUGAGCACUCGGCAAAACUGAAUGUCUACGGUCUGCCCUACAUUCGUCAAAUGGAGAAGAAGGCAAUUGUCGCUGGAGAAACUCUGAUGGUCACAUGUCCCGUAGCUGGUUAUCCCAUUGACUCCAUUGUCUGGGAGCGUGAUAAUCGCGCUCUGCCCAUCAAUCGCAAGCAGAAGGUCUUCCCCAAUGGCACCCUUAUCAUUGAGAAUGUGGAACGUAAUUCAGAUCAGGCGACCUACACAUGUGUGGCCAAGAAUCAGGAAGGUUACUCGGCUCGUGGUUCACUGGAAGUGCAAGUCAUGGUUUUACCGCGCAUCAUACCCUUUGCCUUUGAGGAGGGCCCCGCCCAAGUAGGCCAGUACCUAACGCUGCACUGUUCCGUGCCUGGCGGCGAUCUGCCCAUGCAAAUCGACUGGACCCUGAAUGGCCAAUCGAUCGGCGUCGACAUAGGCAUCAGCACCGAAAGCGUCGGUAGCCGUGGCAGCGUUUUGACCAUUGAGGCCGUUGAGGCGCCACAUGCGGGCAAUUUCACGUGCCAUGCCAGCAAUUUAGCUGGCCAACAGCGCUAUACAACACUGCUAAAUGUCUAUGUACCACCAAGAUGGAUUCUCGAGCCCACGGACAAAGCCUUCGCCCAGGGUUCCGAUGCCAAGGUGGAAUGCAAAGCCGAUGGUUUCCCCAAGCCCCAAGUGACCUGGAAGAAAGCAGUUGGUGAUACGCCCGGCGAGUACAAGGAUCUGAAGAAGAGCGACAACAUUCGCGUCGAGGAGGGAACUCUGCACAUUGACAACAUCCAAAAGACCAAUGAAGGUUACUAUCUGUGUGAGGCUAUCAAUGGCAUUGGCUCGGGACUCUCGGCUGUGAUUAUGGUCAGCGUUCAGGCACCACCGGAGUUCACGGAGAAGCUGCGUAAUCAGACCGCUCGACGUGGAGAACCCGCCGUGCUGCAGUGCGAGGCGAAGGGUGAGAAGCCCAUUGGCAUUUUGUGGAACAUGAACAAUAUGCGUCUGGACCCCAAGAACGAUAACCGUUAUACGAUUCGCGAGGAAAUCCUUUCUGCCGGCGUCAUGUCCAGUCUGUCCAUUAAGCGCACCGAACGCUCCGACUCCGCUCUGUUUACCUGUGUGGCCACCAAUGCCUUUGGCUCAGAUGAUGCGAGCAUCAACAUGAUUGUCCAGGAGGUGCCAGAGAUGCCAUAUGCCCUGAAGGUCCUCGACAAAUCCGGUCGCUCCGUGCAGCUGAGCUGGGCCCAACCCUACGACGGCAACUCCCCACUCAACCGCUAUAUCAUCGAGUUCAAGCGUUCCCGGGCAUCCUGGGAUGAGAUCGAUCGCGUUAUGGUUCCCGGACACACCACCGAAGCCCAAGUCCAGAAGUUAAGCCCCGCAACCACCUACAACAUUCGCAUCGUCGCCGAGAACGAGAUUGGCUCAUCGCAAUCCUCUGAAGCCGUGACUAUUAUCACUGCUGAAGAAGCUCCAUCUGGCAAGCCACAAAACAUCAAAGUGGAGCCAGUGAAUCAGACAACGCUGCGCGUAACAUGGAAGCCACCAGCACGCUCCGAUUGGAAUGGAGAGAUCCUGGGCUAUUAUGUUGGCUAUAAACUAUCGAACACAAACUCCUCGUACAUAUUUGAGACCAUUAACUUCAUCACCGAGGAGGGCAAGGAACACAAUCUGGAACUGAACAAUCUGCGUGUCUACACUCAGUACUCGGUGGUCAUUCAGGCCUUUAACAAGAUCGGUGCUGGUCCCUUGAGCGAUGAGGAGAAACAGUUCACGGCCGAGGGAACUCCCAGCCAACCACCCAGCGACACCGCCUGCACCACUCUGACCUCGCAAACCAUUCGCGUCAGCUGGGUUAGUCCACCUCUCGAAUCGGCCAAUGGUGUGAUCAAGACCUACAAGGUUGUCUAUGCCUCCAGCGAUGAGUGGUAUGAUGAGACCAAGCGUCACUACAAGAAGACUGCCUCCUCCGACACUGUGCUCCAUGGCCUGAAGAAAUACACGAACUACACUAUGCAAGUCUUGGCCACCACAGCUGGAGGUGAUGGCGUGCGCAGCGUACCCAUUCAUUGUCAGACCGAACCCGAUGUUCCUGAGGCACCCACCGAUGUCAAGGCUCUGGUCAUGGGAAAUGCAGCCAUUCUCGUGUCGUGGCGUCCACCAGCACAGCCCAAUGGCAUUAUCACCCAAUACACUGUCUACUCCAAGGCUGAAGGCGCUGAGACUGAAACGAAAACCCAAAAAGUGCCACACUAUCAGAUGAGCUUCGAGGCAACCGAAUUGGAAAAGAACAAACCCUACGAAUUCUGGGUCACUGCCAGCACCACCAUCGGAGAGGGACAGCAAUCCAAGAGCAUUGUGGCCAUGCCCAGUGAUCAGGUUCCCGCCAAGAUCGCCUCCUUCGAUGACACCUUCACUGCCACCUUCAAGGAAGAUGCCAAAAUGCCUUGUCUCGCCGUGGGAGCUCCUCAGCCGGAGAUUACCUGGAAGAUCAAGGGCGUCGACUUCAGUGCCAAUGAUCGCAUGCGACUCUUGCCCGAUGGUUCCCUAUUGAUCAAGUCCGUGAAUCGUCAGGAUGCCGGAGACUAUUCUUGCCAUGCUGAAAACUCCAUUGCCAAGGACUCGAUUACCCAUAAGCUCAUCGUGCUGGCUCCUCCUCAAUCACCCCACGUCACGCUGUCCGCCACAACCACCGAUGCCUUGACCGUCCGAUUGAAGCCCCAUGAGGGAGACACCGCUCCACUCCAUGGCUACACUCUUCACUACAAGCCAGAAUUCGGAGAAUGGGAAACCGCCGAGGUGUCCGUGGACUCACAGAAGCACAACAUUGAGAGCCUGCUCUGCGGAUCACGCUACCAAGUCUAUGCGACAGGAUUUAACAACAUUGGCGCCGGCGAAGCCUCCGACAUUUUGAACACACGCACCAAAGGACAGAAGCCCAAAUUGCCAGAGAAGCCACGUUUCAUUGAGGUGUCAUCCAAUUCGGUAUCAUUGCACUUCAAGGCCUGGAAAGAUGGCGGAUGCCCCAUGUCCCACUUUGUUGUAGAGAGCAAGAAACGUGAUCAACUUGAAUGGAAUCAAAUCUCAAACAAUGUGAAGCCCGACAACAACUACGUAGUGCUCGAUCUGGAACCCGCCACCUGGUACAAUCUGCGCAUUACGGCGCACAAUUCCGCCGGAUUCACUGUUGCCGAAUACGACUUUGCCACACUUACUGUGACCGGAGGCACAAUUGCCCCACUCGACGACGGUUUGGGCCAUGGAAAUGUCCAUGCACGAAUUCCCCUGCCCGCCUGGAUGCCCGAGUGGCUGGAUCUGAACUUUAUGGUUCCCCUGAUUGCCACAGUUGUUGUGGUUGCGGUUGGUAUCUGUGUUGUGUGCGUGGCGCUUUCCCGAAGACGUGCGGAUGAUAUGCGAGGCGGCCAGAAGGAUGUCUAUUACGAUGUAGUUUACAAUCAGACAAUGGGACCCGGCGCCACUUUGGAUAAACGUCGCCCAGAUCUGCGUGACGAGCUUGGAUACAUUGCACCACCCAACCGCAAGCUGCCCCCCGUACCCGGAUCCAACUACAACACCUGCGAUCGGAUUAAGCGAGGUCGUGGUGGUUUACGGUCGAACCACUCGACAUGGGAUCCACGUCGCAAUCCAAAUCUGUACGAGGAACUGAAGGCUCCUCCAGUUCCCUUGCACGGCAAUGCCAAUAUCUAUGGUGGCCAUGCCCAUGGCAAUGUUGAGUGCCACUACAGACAUCCAGGCAUGGAAGAUGAAAUCUGCCCCUAUGCAACGUUCCAUCUGCUCGGCUUCCGCGAGGAAAUGGAUCCCACCAAGGCCAUGAACUUCCAGACCUUCCCACACCAGAACGGACACACACCCGUACCCGGACAUGCUGGCACCAUGCUGCCACCUGGUCAUCCUGGACAUGUGCACUCUCGCUCUGGAUCCCAGUCCAUGCCACGUGCCAAUCGCUAUCAACGCAAGAACAGCCAAGGCGGUCAAUCCUCAAUCUAUACGCCAGCUCCCGAAUACGAUGAUCCCGCUAACUGUGCCGAGGAGGACCAAUAUCGUCGCUAUACUCGCGUUAACUCUCAGGGUGGAAGCCUUUACUCUGGACCCGGACCCGAAUAUGAUGAUCCCGCUAACUGCGCCCCCGAGGAGGAUCAGUAUGGCUCCCAGUACGGCGGACCCUAUGGACAACCCUACGAUCACUAUGGCUCCCGUGGAUCUAUGGGACGUCGUAGCAUUGGCUCUGCACGCAAUCCAGGCAAUGGCUCCCCUGAACCACCUCCACCACCACCACGCAACCACGACAUGAGCAACUCCUCAUUCAACGACUCCAAGGAGAGCAACGAGAUCUCAGAGGCCGAAUGCGAUCGUGACCAUGGACCACGCGGAAACUAUGGUGCUGUGAAAAGAUCUCCACAACCGAAAGAUCAACGCACCACCGAAGAGAUGCGUAAAUUGAUUGAGAGAAACGAAGCCGGCCCAAAACAACUCCAACUCCAACAAACAAAUGGCGCAGGAUUCACAGCCUACGAUACUAUGGCAGUGUAAUUUGUAAGCGACAACUUGCAGUGGGCGUGGCAGUUUAGCUUAGUGUUUCAAGUCAAUGAAGUGCGUGGGAGUUGAAUGACACACACACACACACACACAAUCAGAUACACUGACACACAGACAGACACACUUGGGCAGUCAGUCAUCAUAUUUGAAAGUUUAUAAGUAUUAUCGAAAGAUAAGCAAAACAUCACUGAAUCAAGUAACGCAUUUAGCGCAUAUAUAAAUAUACAAAUAUUAACUAAUUCAAGUAUUUAUAACAAAGAAAAAAACAAAUAAUUAUACAUGCAAGCACGAUUUAAAUACCAACCGAAAAUGUGUGUGGCAAAUGAAUGUAAAUCAUCUUUGCAUUUACAAAUAUUUAAAAAAAGAAUACCAUUUAUAUAUAUUCAAUAUAUAAAUGUCUGAACUUGUAUGUGGAACAGUUCUGAAUAAUUGAAAGUAAUUUUUAAUAUUGUAUUUUAGUUUGUAAGCUAAGCAGAACAACCAAAAUAUCAAGCGAAAUGCUAAUGCGAAUGCAAAUGCAAAUGAUAAUGAAAAUAAAAUUGCGAAGGAGAAGGAUCUGCUCUUUAAAGUAAAUUUAUAAGUACGAAUAUGUAAGAUUCUUUCGAUUUGACCUUUUUUGCCAUUUAUGCCGAAAGCAUUAACUCUUUACCUAGCCUAAGUCAAAGUCAUAAUAUUAAUUGAUAGUUAUCGUAUUGUUUUAUUUUGUAUGGUCUGCAAAUCCUAUAACUAUUACUUAUUUGUAUCAACAAAAA